CUUGGCAAUUGAACCCUGUUCUGUACUUAAUUCGUUUUUUCAGCACUGGAACUACAAAUCAUGUAACCUCAUCUUCUAUGUAUUUAAUGAUGCAGCUGGUGUGUUACUGUGUUAACAACUUUGGUGCAUCUUCUUGCAAACUGGAGAAUACUUCAUUUGAUUUUGUUAUUAUUCGUGAAGCUGCUGUCACUUCAAAUUGCAUCCUGGAUGGCUCUACUAAAGAACCUUCUCUGAAUGCUAGGCAGAACUUCUAUGGAGAUGUCAUCAUGCCCAUGCUCCCUGUCAAGCACAGCAUGCAUGAGCUUAUAUUGAAUUGGUCAUCCAAGGCAAUUUACAGGGGUAAGAUCAAAGGCCAUGCAAGUUUUGCUACACACAUUCUUUCUUCUCUUGAGAAUGUGAAGACAAUGACACUAUGUCUUCUACAGCCGCAAUCCUCCUUUGGUUCAUCUAGAUGUAUCAUGGAAGAAAAGAAGGAUGAAGAAGAUAGGACACUGAAUGAAGGUGAAGGCGUGAAGCAGAGAUUGCUAUUUCACAUGCAAAUAGACUUACUUACUCAGGGCGGAGUCCAAGCUUCUAAUAUUGGAAUUAUUACCGCAUGUGUUAUGCUGGUUCUAUUACUAACGAUGUUGAGAAGCAAUGAGGACUGGCCAGAGGAUACAUCAACUGUGAAUGUAGCUUCUUCUUGGUCCACAACCCCACUUGAUACAACUAAAUGCAAGAUGGAUACUUCUUAUUAUUCUAGAAGUGGCAGAUUGGUCUAGCAGUGGUUAUGAGGGAUGCUUGAGGACAGAAUCUAAGACAAGAAGCUGUAAGGAUUCAGGACCCUUUUUGGAUAAAAAUAUUCGUUUGGAACUGAUUGUAUUCCAAUCAGUAAGGAACCUUCCCCCUUUUAUUUUUUGUUUUUCUGUUAUGAUCCUUCAAAUGUAAUGGUGCUUUCAUAUUUUUAUGUUGAAUUUAAAUUUGUUCAUUGUUUUUGAUGGUUCGCUGAUCUUGUUAUUUGCUUCUUUUUUUCGUUUCGUUUAAAUGAAUGCUGCUGUGAUUU